AUGGCUCCUCAACCUCAAACUCGCCGCCCUCACUUUGAGUCCUUCCCCGACGAAGAAACCCCUCUAAUUCAACCCAUCCAAGACUCUUCGAUCGAACCAAAGAGUCGCUCACCAUGGCUAGACGAAACUGUCAUACUCGUCAAAGCCUCUGUACCAGUCAUACUGGCCUACAUGCUCCAGAACAGUCUUCAAACAGUCUCCAUCCUCAUGGUUGGCCGUCUUUCGCCCGAAUCUCUUGCGACCGCUGCGUUCUCCUACAUGUUUGCCAUGGCAACAGCCUGGCUCAUUGCUCUCGGCGGUACAACUGCCCUCGAUACGCUCGGCUCGAGUACCUAUACAAGCUCGAAGAAUAAACACGACCUGGGAAUACUGUUGCAGAGGGGCUUAUUUGUCUUGACUGGCUUUUAUGCCGUGGUAGCUGUUAUCUGGUGCUUCUCUGGAUAUAUCUUCCGGGCUCUUGGACAAGAAGACUUUAUCUGUGUUCAGGGACCCAAGUUUCUGCAGUUGUUGAUUCCUGGUGGCCUCGGUUACGUAUGGUUUGAGGCGAUGAAGAAGUUUCUUCAAGCUCAAGGGAUCUACCGGCCAGGUACCUAUGCACUGCUCGUCACUUCUCCUCUCAAUGCUCUGCUCAACUACGUUUUCAUCUACCCUCUUGGUUUCGGUCUAUAUGGAUCGCCCAUCGCAACUGGCAUCUCUUACUGGCUUUCUUUCUUCAUCUUGGUUGGCUAUGCCACCUUCGUGAAGGGAGGCGAAUGCUGGGGCGGACUUGAGCCGCGUCGAGCUCUUCAGCAUCUUGGCCCCUUUGCAAAGCUUGCUUUUCUCGGUGUCAUUCACGUUGGUACAGAGUGGUGGGCUUUUGAGAUUGUUGCUCUUGCAGCCGGCCGUCUCGGAACGAUCCCUCUUGCCGCUCAGUCUGUUGUUAUGACCUUGGACCAAAUCAUCAACACCAUUCCCUUUGGGCUGGGAGUUGCUGCAUCUUCUAGAUUGGGCAAUCUCUUGGGUUUGGGGGACCCUCUACAGGCAAGACGCUGUGCACAUGCCGCAGCACUACUAUCUGUGUUCUUUGGAACCGUUAUCCUCGCGAUCCUCAUGUCUACAAAGAAUGUUAUCGGUCGCUUGUUCAACGAUGACGAGGACGUCAUUUCACUUGUCGCUCACAUCAUGCCUUACGUAGCACUCUUCCAGAUCGCCGAUGGUCUCAAUGGAAGCUGUGGAGGAGCGUUACGAGGCAUGGGGCGACAAUGGGUUGGGGCACUUGUCAAUUGUAUUAGCUACUACGGAGGUGCGCUACCAGCUGGAAUAUGGCUUGCUUUCCAUGGCUGGGGUCUUUCUGGACUUUGGGUUGGACAAUGUGUUGCACUGUUUCUGGUUGGUAUUCUGGAGUGGAUUAUAAUUGCUUUAUGUGACUGGCGAAAAGAGAUUCAGAGGGCUGCAGAGAGAAUUGAGAAUGGAGGUAUGGAGAUUGUACACUAA